AUUUACAAAAUAAAAAAAUGAACAUGCAAAUCAAAAAUAUAUUUAAAAAUUACUUAGAAAAAUCACAAAAAGCAUAAUAUUAUAAUUUUUCCCAUAAAAAAAAAUAUGAUGUAAUAGUAAUAGGAGGAGGUCAUGCAGGUUGUGAAGCAGCAUAUGGUAAAUCAAACAAAAAAUCAAACAAUAAAUAUAACAAUAAAGCCUCAGCAAGGACAGGAUCCGAAACACUAUUAAUAACAUAAAAGAUAUAAACAAUUGGUGAAAUGAGUUGUAAUCCUUCAAUGGGUGGUAUAGGCAAAGGAACAUUAAUCCGUGAAAUAGACGCUUUAGGCGGUUUAAUGGGUAAAAUUGCAGAUUUAUCAAGUACAUAAUUUAAAGUAUUAAAUGCCACCAAAGGUGCAGCAGUAUAAGGACCUCGUGCUUUAAUAUAAAGAGACGAAUAUAAAAAAAACAUCCAAAAUCAUUUAUAAUCUUAAAAAAAUUUACAAAUAAUAGAAAAAUCUUGCGAAGAACUACUUAUAGAUAAAUAAAAUACUAUAUAAGGAAUAAAAACAGGUGAAAAUAAUGAAAUAUUAUCCCAAAAAGUAAUUUUGACAACUGGUACAUUUCUAGGAGCAAUAUGUCAUAUUGGUCCUAAAAAAUAUCCAGCCGGAAGACACCUAAGAAACUCUCAAGAAAUCGAAUAACCUUCAAAUAAUUUAUCUUAAGUCUUAAAAAACUAUAAUUUUGAAAUAAAUAGAUAUAAAACAUCCACUCCACCUCGUUUAAAUGCAAAAACUAUUGAUUUUACAAAUCUAAAUGCCAUAUAAGGUGAUUAAUAAAUAUCUCCAUUUAAUUAUGUACAUGAAUUUUGGGGAUAUAAGCCAAUAUUAAAAUAAUUGGAGUCUUAUUUGGUACAUACAAAUGAAUAAACUCAUCAAAAAAUAAUCAAAAAUCAACAUCUUUAGCCUGUUUUUGAAGCCGAGGAAGGAAAAGGUUUAGGUCCAAGAUAUUGUCCAUCUUUGGAAAAAAAAGUAGAGAGAUUUUUUGAUAAAAAAAGGCACCAAAUUUGGCUUGAAAAAGAAGAUUAUGAAAAUAAAAUUGUCUAUCCGAACGGAUUCAAUAUAUCCUUACCUGCCGAUGUCUAAUAGGAUAUACUUAAUUCAAUCAAAGGCUUGGAAAAAUGUGAAAUUUUAAAUCCAGGGUAUGCCGUAGAGUAUGAUUUUGUGAAUCCAUAGGAGCUAAAAAAGACACUAGAAACUAAAAAAAUAAACGGAUUAUACCUCGCAGGUCAAAUUAAUGGUACUACAGGUUACGAAGAAGCCGCCUGUUAGGGAAUUAUAGCUGGAAUAAAUGCCGGAAGAAGUAUUUAAGGCGAGAAAAGUUUCAUUUUGGAAAGAUCAGAAGCUUUUAUAGGAGUUUUAAUUGAUGAUUUAAUCACUUUAGGAAUUUCUGAACCUUACCGCAUGUUUACUUCAAGGUCAGAGUUCAGGCUUUUUUUAAGAGCUGAAAAUUCCGACUUUCGAUUAAGCGAAAAAGCAUUGGAAAUAGGAAUUUUGGAUAAGGAAUAGAAGUAUGUUUAUGAAUAAAAAAAAAAAAAGAAAAAUCUCGGAAUGCGUAUGUUAAAAUCUAUAAAGGAAAAAGUGAAAUACUGGGGUAUUUAAACUGAAAAAAACGAUAUUUUAAGUGCUGAAGAAUGCGUAAGUAAAUAUUAAAUGAAAAUACAAGAUUUAGAAGAAAUAUUAGGAAAGUAAAUUGUAGAUAAAGAAGUUAAAUAACACAUAGAAACAGAACUUAAAUAUUCGACAUAUUUAGAAAAAUAAAAUUAAGAAAUAUAAAAAUUUUUAUGUAACUAAUCUAAUCUUGAUAUUUCAGGUUUAAAUUUAUAAUUAAUAAGUAAAAAUUGUACAAAAGAAGAAGUUGAAUUAUUAAUUAAACAUAAACCUUAAACUAUUUACAAUGCAAUUAGGAUAAAAGGAAUCAGAUCUGCAACAAUAAUGUAAAUUAUAUAUUAAGUUAAAUAAAAUUAGUUAUGUUUUUGAGAAAGAUAUUAAAAUCAAAUAUUUUAAAAAUAAAUAUCUGCAUUAUAAUUAUU